AUGCCGGACGUGAUGCUUGUUAGCCUAGCUCUGAGCUUGGCCUGGGGUGCAUCGGCAGCCCAGAACUCCAUCGCUGCCCCAACCGGUGCCGACACCCUCACUGUCGCCCUCCUUGGUGACUAUGGCUGGACCGGUUGGCAGCCCCUACCCUUGGACUUCUGUAACAACGCCCUGCCGAACCUGGUCGCCGCCGGCGUGGACAUCUCCCGUGAAAUCCAGAACGACUGCGACCCCGGCGACCGUCAGGCCAUCUCCAAUGCAACGAUUGAAGAGGGCCACACCGCCGGGUAUAUCGAGAAAGUCUGCCUCGAGAAGAACUGCUCUGCCUUCAUAUCCGUCGGCGACAACUUCUACGACAGCGGCGUCGACUUCACCUCGGAAGGCAUUCGGCGGUUCUACCAAGGCUGGGCGCAGAUGUACGUCGGCGCCGCCUUCGACGGCAAGCCGUGGUACCAGGCGCUCGGCAACCACGACGUCGUGACCGGCCACGCCGGCGUCGACUUCGAGACGCGCAUUGCGCCCCUCCUCGACGACCGCUGGUACUUUGGCCACGACCACCAGCCCUACUAUACCUACGACCUGACCGGCUCGAACUGGACCGCGACCUUUGUCGUGGUCGACUCCGACUGCUUCGUCAACAAGUACCAGGACCCCUCCUCCGUCUACAACACCGCCUACGUGAUCGCCUGCCACAAGGAUACCCAGACCCAGGUCGACUUCCUGCGCCGGUCCUUCGCCCACUCCACCGCCACCUGGAAGAUCCUCCAGAUCCACCACGGCUACGUCUCCUCGUCGACCAACUACACCGAGCUCGCGCCGCUGAUCGAUAUCGCGCGCGCGCACAAUGCCGUCGUCGUCAACGGCCAUGAUCACUGCAUGGCCCACUACCACUACCAAGGCAUGGAUUUUGUGCUUACCGGCGCCGCCGGCUACGCCGAGCCCGGCGACUGCAACUAUGGCGUGCCCUUGGGGCCCUAUGCCAAGUGGCUCGGCGCCGAUGCUGAUCAAGCGGCUAACGGGUUCGUCACGCUUGAUAUCAGCUACAACUCGCUGGGUUUUGAGUACUACGCUCGGGAUAUGUAUAUGAAAGGGGCGGACUACUACCCUGUCAGCAAUGACACGCGGCCCUCGUACAGUUUCUCUGUGACCAAGCACGCAGUCUAG